GUGGUCUCACUGGUAUCACUAGAGAUGGUGCGGCGGCAACACAUCUAGGAUACACAAUCACGUGAGGUUGCCUAACGUUCAGAUUUGUGAUCUUUGUAUAGUGUGGGAAGGACAUCCAGUCAAGAUGGGAACAAACAAGGGGACUGAUGCUGUUGACUUGGCAGAGCUGAAAUCAUUGGUCGAGGAGACAGGCAAAUCACAACUCCUCGAGCAGUCCAUAGAGAUUUCAAAAUCUCGUGAAAGAGUGGGUGGAGAGUCUUGGCACGGCUCCUUGGCCGUUCUACCAACUCCAGCCAAAAGCAAGCUUGGCAGCCCUCUGAAACAGGUGUUGGCCUCACUUGGUGCCAACCUCGGCACUAUCAACUCCGGAAUGACAUUUGGAUUCUCUGCUGUCACGAUUCCUCAACUGAAGGAGGCUGAUAGCUUCAUACAAAUUACCCCGGACCAAGCGGCAUGGAUCGCUAGUCUGCCAUCAGUAGCAACUCCAUUCGGUUGUUUCCUGAGCGGCUUCUUCCUGGACACCCUCGGACGCAAACGAACUAUCAUAUUGUGCCUGACGCCAAUGAUAAUAGGCUGGUACCUGGUCGGAAGUGCUUCUGGGGUUUACACAAUAUAUGCUGGACGACUCCUCGUGGGCCUAGGGGCGGGUAUGGUGGGAUCUCCUGUGCGUGUCUACACCGGAGAGAUCACUCAACCCCAUCUGCGGGGGAUGCUAGCUGCCGUGGCAGCCAUCGGAGCGUCUGCCGGUGUUUCUAUUCAAUACAUUGUGGGCACCUACUUCCCUUGGAACUUCCUGGCCUUCGUCAAUGGCAGUAUUGUCACUGUCGCGUUUAUUUCUGCAUUUUUCCUUCCAGAGUCUCCUCAAUUCUUGAUCAAUAAAGGCCACGUUGAGGCAGCCCGUGCGGCUCUUGGCAGACUCAGAGGAUUAUCUUCUGAUGUGGAUAUGGAAGUGCAAUAUCUGAUAGACCAUGCCAGUAAAACGGAUACCAGCUACAAUGGUGACGCUAGAAAGACUCAUGCACUGAGAGAUAUUCUCCAACCCUCAAUUUUAAAGCCUUUCUUCAUCCUCGCCAUCUACUUCUUCCUCUACCAGUUCUCAGGAGUAAACCCACUCACUUUCUACACUGUAGAAAUCAUACAGGAGUCUGGAACUAACAUGAACACAUACACCGUCACUAUCAUUCUUGGCCUAGUGAGACUCGGGUUCACUGUUGUCUCUUGCAUCCUGAUGAGGCGGCUGGGCAGAAGAUCAAUGAGCUUCAUAUCCAGUGUGGGCUGUGGGGUCACCAUGAUUGGCCUGGGGUCCUACAUGUACAUGGGAGAGCAAUGGGCGGCCGAGGGCAAAGAGAAGUCCGCCACUUGGUUUCCGGUCCUCGACCUCUUCGUCUUCAUUACUGCCUCCACCAUGGGGUACCUCACCGUACCUUGGGUCAUGAUUGGAGAAUUCUAUCCAUCCAAGGUCAGAGGAAUUAUGGGAGGGCUGACAACUUUUGUCGCCCACAUUUGCAUAUUUCUGGCCGUAAAAACGUUCCCUAUCCUCCAAUCCUUCAGCAAGUUCGGGACGUUCAUCCUGUAUGGGAGUAUCUCCCUCCUGGCCACUGUCUUCUUCUACUUCUUCCUCCCGGAGACGCAGGGUCGAACGCUGCAAGAGAUCGAGGACUACUUCAGCGGCAGGACCAAGACUCUGGGACCGUCCAGAAACAGUUCUACCAACAAUAACCAUGUCAAACGUUCGAGGAAGAGGAGCAGGAAUGGGACGUGAUUAAAGAAGAAGUCUUAAACUAAAUUUAAAUGUGUACAGUUUACGUUCAAAA